AUGGUGAAAAGUAGGCUACAAGCGAAGUUUGUGUCAAAGCUUCGUCGGCUCAGCGAAUUGCGGCACACUUACGUGCUACUGACGACUUUUACCUAUGCCGUCUGCUCGGCGAAUACAAAAGAGCCGAUUGUUGUUAUGAUUGAAACGGUGUGCUGA